AGCUCGGGGUCACAAGAAGCCUGAUGGGUAGGAAAGAGUAUGAAAGCCCCAGCCAGCCUCACCUGUGUGGCUGGGAGGCCCUUCUUUGCUCAGGCCUGAAGGACUCAGGCCUGUGAGAGAGGUCGGCCCUGUUGUCAGCCAAGACACCUUUGGGCGAGGAGCAGCGAACAGGACCUGUCCAUCUCAGGCGUCAGCCCCCUGAAGGCCUGAGCAAUGGGCAACGUGAUGGAGGGAAAGUCAGUGGAGGAGCUGAGCAGCACCGAGUGCCACCAGUGGUACAAGAAGUUCAUGACUGAGUGCCCCUCUGGCCAGCUCACCCUCUAUGAGUUCCGCCAGUUCUUCGGCCUCAAGAACCUGAGCCCGUCGGCCAGCCAGUACGUGGAGCAGAUGUUUGAGACUUUUGACUUCAACAAGGACGGCUACAUUGAUUUCAUGGAGUACGUGGCGGCGCUCAGCCUGGUCCUCAAGGGGAAGGUGGAACAGAAGCUCCGCUGGUACUUCAAGCUCUACGAUGUAGACGGCAACGGCUGCAUUGACCGCGAUGAGCUGCUCACCAUCAUCCAGGCCAUUCGCGCCAUUAACCCCUGCAGCGAUACCACCAUGACUGCAGAGGAGUUCACCGAUACAGUGUUCUCCAAGAUUGACGUCAACGGGGAUGGGGAACUCUCCCUGGAAGAGUUUAUAGAGGGCGUCCAGAAGGACCAGAUGCUCCUGGACACACUGACACGAAGCCUGGACCUUACCCGCAUCGUGCGCAGGCUCCAGAAUGGCGAGCAAGAGGAGGAGGGGGCUGACGAGGCCGCUGAGGCAGCCGGCUGAGCGCACCGCCCGGCUGUUUCUGCACUAGCGAGUGGGGUGGUAUGGCGGUGCCUGUUGGUGGCGUUCUUGUCUUAACCCUAGAUAGAAUCUACUGAACUCAGAGGCUUAGCUCACCUCUUUGGGGUCCAUGGUGGCAGCAGAAAGGCAGGAGUGGGAGUCCAGAGCCAGGAACAGUGAAGGAUGGUUCCUGGCCCCUCUGAGUGACAGGUGGCUGCAGCACUCCUUGCUGGGGGGCACUGUUCAGCAUCCCUCUGCUGUCGGGUGACCCCCUAGCCCUUCUGGCUCCUCUCCCAGCUUUUCCCAGCUUUCCCCAGAGCUUCUCCGGUCCAUGCUCUUCUGGACGUGGACUCUCUGAGGCAGAGCUGAGCUUUCCCAGGCCUGUUAUGGAAUCCUGCAGAUCCGGUGGCUGCAGCUUCAAUCCCAGUGCUGCAAUCACACAUCUAUUCUGCCCCGGGGGACCCUGGAGCCUACUUGUGUGCUUUGCAUUUCAUUGGUUGACACCUCCCUUCAACAAGCAUUUACUGAGCGCCUACUAUGUACUAAUGCUAUAUGUUAGAUGUACAAAGAAGCCAGUUUUCAUCCUCAAGGAACUCAUAGGCUAAUGGUGAGACACACAGACAAACAUCACUAUAAUAAAAUAUGC